GCUCACAUAUAAGUCGGUGACUGAAAAACAAUUUGCGUUUCGAAUUCAAAUCGACGCGCUAACAAGACCAAGGAAAAGAUAACUAAAGCGUCGCUUCGUGUGUGUUAAUUGUAUAUUUGUUUAAAAACCCAGUCAAAAUGGUCGGCACAUUGAAAAUGCGCGGGGAUGAGAAUGCCUCGGAGAAUAUAAACCAGGUCCAACUUAAGAAAUUGACAGUGCCUUCAAAUGAGGCAACCACAAAACGUGCUGCUUUGGGCGAUCUGCAGAACCGCGGGUUGAACCGCGCCAUUGCCGCCAAAGAUGUGGCCCAGAAAGAAUUGAAAGAAUCGAAGCUGCCGAAUGUGUUGCGCAACGCCAAGGCCCGCGUGGACACGCACUGGAAGAAGCAGCCAGUGGGUGCCAGCAAUGUCAACGGUGCCGUGCUGGCCAAGCCCACUGAGGGUGGAGUGGCGGCACUGCUGCGCGCCAACUCUGUACGCACCCAUACCGCCCCCUCGGGUGUUCUGCUCACUCGUCAGGUCUCGGCCAGCACCCUGAUCCGUGGCGAUAAGGCGGCCGCUGAGGCGACCAACAAGCUUACAGUCAAGACAAAGUCGGAGACCGGCUCCAGCGAUCAGGUCAAUGCGCCUGAGCCCACAUUGCGUCGCGAGGACAGCAAUCUGUCCAAGAAAUCCCUGACCAAGCUGCGGGCUGCAAUGGGCAAACCAGUGAUGGGUGUGGCCGGUCUGAGGAAGGAGCCUGUGGCCGUGCUCAAGAAAGAGCCAUCUGUGGCCAUCAAGAAGGAUGUCGUCGGUCCGGUCCGGAGCGAAAGCACCGACAGGGGUGCCAUACUGAAGCCAUCGACAACCAUUCAGCCUUCAAUGUCCUUGUCCAGCAAGCGAUUGGCCGGUAUCGAAGACAUCGAUGCCCACGACAAGGAUAACCUCGUGCUCGUUUCAGAGUAUGUCAACGAUAUCUAUGACUAUCUGUACAAGCUGGAGAUCGAGCAGCCGAUUCACAACGAUCACUUGGCCGGGCAGAAGGAGGUCUCCCACAAGAUGCGCGCAGUGCUGAUCGACUGGAUCAACGAGGUGCACUUGCAAUUCCAUCUGGCUGCCGAGACCUUCCAGCUGGCCGUGGCCAUCAUCGAUCGCUAUCUGCAGGUGGUCAAGAAUACGAAGCGCAGCAAUCUGCAGCUGGUGGGCGUGACGGCCCUCUUCAUCGCCACCAAAUACGAGGAGCUCUUCCCGCCAGCCAUUAACGACUUUGUCUUCAUCACCGAUGACACCUACUCGGCCCGGGAGAUCCGCAUGAUGGAGCUGCAGAUCUUCAAGGCCAUCGAUUGUAAUCUGUCGCGUCCGCUCCCGAUUCAUUUCCUUCGGCGCUACUCAAAGGCCGCUGGGGCAGAGGAUGAGCACCAUGCCAUGUCCAAGUAUUUUGUGGAAUUGGCUUCGGUCGACUACGAUUUGGCUAGCUAUAAGCCGUCAGAGAUUGCUGCAGCCUCGCUGUUUCUGUCGCUCCACUUGCUCAAUGGCAACUACCGUGCCAGCACUGGCUUCAACGACAAGCACUGGACACCGACGCUGGCCUACUACUCUCGCUACACGGCCACGCACUUAAGGCCCAUCACUCGACAGAUCGCCAAGUUGGCUCGCGAUGCACCACAGGCCAAGCUGAAGGCCAUCCACAACAAGUACCAGGGCAACAAGUUCCAGAAGAUCGCGCUCAGAACCGAGCUGAGCGGCCCCCUGAUGGACUCCAUUGUGGGCCAGAGCCUGAAGAAGUAGUCUGGGCCCACUUCACAUCCCCUCACAAAUGCCCCCAAAUAUUUAGUUUAGUUUAAUUUGUUUUCAUUUUUAAAUUUUUAGCGUAUUCCCAUAUUUUCGUUCGUUUGUACGUUUCGUGUUCGUUAUAAGUUUGUGUAAUACCAGAAGUCCAAGUCGCCUACAUUUAUAAUAAUCGUAGAAAAUCAGGGUCCCUCUGCUGUGCGUCCCGCGUUUGUGUCAUGGCCGCCCCGAUGCGAUCAACGACAAAGGCAUUCUUCACUUGAUUAUGGUUCGGUUCCUCCAACUCGAGCGGCUGCUUCAGCCCCUUGGCUAGGUGGCCGCUGAAUGGGAGGGAUCUUGAACCGAAACUGGAACUCCUGCUCCUCCCCCUAAGGGCACACCUCUAGAGUGAGAGUGAGUGGACGAGCACAAACCGCAAUACACAAUACACAAGGACACUGAGAGCCAGGUGUGUGAGUGGGCAACGAGUACAUUUGCUGGCUGAACAUAUCGGCGUUGUCUCUCAAAGUACAUAUACCAUCUAAUAUAUUAUACCCAUGCGAUAGACUAUUUUUAUGAUUCAAUUUGUAUUAGAGUUUAAAUUUGAUUGGAAAUUGUGUUCGUUCAAUGCAUUAAGAAUAAAUCCAAAAAAUUGUGCAAAAAUAUUAUAUUCUUCCAAAUCCUGA